GAUGCGCGUUUUUAUGCGGGCGGCGAGAAGGCCCUCAAGAGGCCGUGCGUCAUACAAGCGCCCAACGCCACGGUCCAGCAGCCUGUUGGCUAGUGCCCAGUUCCGUGUGCUAAUAAGUAGCUGGUACUGCCGACGGCCAGCAGCGUUCUCAAGAGGCGCUUCAGGUGCAGGUAGAAUUGUCUCAUGAUGCUUUCGUGGGUGAAUGCCCGAAUUGUGGGCGCCAAUUGACGGGGUUAGCUGCAUAUGGUAAGGAACAAACCAUUUGGUGUGUGCGGCGGGAUGCUUUCUGCAAUGUGUGGAGCGCCCAUUUGUGUGUGCGUUUUUUGCACCUCGGCGUCGCGCCAUUGACUGGCUGCGUGCGUCGGGUGCGCCGUGUCGCGAACCAAACCUCCCCGGUCUGUGGUCAUGCCGCUCGUGCGCUGUCAGGGUGUCGCGCAGCUUGUACGCAUUGAUUACUCAACGCCGGGCUGUACAGGGUACGGCGCAUCAACCUGUUGGGCCGUUCACAUCGGUGGCGGUGCUGUGCUGAUGCGCGUCAUGCUAACUCGCGUUGUCUUACCCCGCGUGCAGCGAAGUGUGCCUGCGCGUGCCGCUGUACGAAUGUCUGUUCUAUAGUACACGCUUGCCCGGGCGAAGUUGGGACUGUGCAAAGAGGUUCAGUGGUUGCGGUGUACCAGAUGGCUAAAAUGCUCGUGUAGGUCUCAGAAAACGCUGUGUUUGGUGCGGCGCGCUGUACGCACUGACCACCUCUGCAUACCGCACGGCGCAUCGGGGGCGGCCAUCACGCAAUUUGCUCCAGUCCGUAGCCUUGGCGUGCCCGUUGUGGCUUUGCCCGCCCACGGCCGCCCGGCUGGAGCAUGCUCGCCCCCAUGUGCAUUUGGCUGCCUGGCUGCUGCUGCUGUCUUGCCAGGGCGUUCUGCAUGUUCACAGCCCCGGCAGCACCAGGCAUUGCACGCAUGCAGAGGCAGCCUUGUGCCGCCAUGAGCAAACGAACGAAAAAUGUGCAAGGAGCAUCGAAAUGAUGUCUGUGAUUUAUGCACCCACUAAUACUGCGCGUGUUUCUCGCUGUUUCAAUGAACAAGUGUGUCUCUGACGACGUGCUGUGCCAGCUGGGCUAAGUAGAUGUUAAUGGUCCGCUUAGCGUAGAAUGCGCGUGGUGGCAGGACAAGGCAACACCUGCCACUGGACGACCCGUUCACUGAGCCGGCCGGCUGGUACGAACUGACUCUCCGUGCGCCCCAAGGUGGUGGGGUGUUAAGGACGUGAGGGAGAUAACCUGCACUAGCGUGGUGUGUGUGUGUGCGUGACGUUCGUCCGUUGUUAGGGUGGUUCGAGAAAGAAGUUUUCCCCCAUGGUUAUGUGGUUGACGCAUGGCAGGACCUGCGCGCGCACGCAGGCGGUCCCGGCAUCAGCCGGGAUGCCGGUACGCAUGCUGGAAUUGCUGAGUGUUCACGUAGUAGCCGACGUGUGCGAAGAGCAGCACUACGACGAACGCUGUGGUCGCUCGGCGAUGCGAGUGCGUGUCCGCAUGACGCCCGGGCGGGACGCACUUCCUGGCCAGGCGCUCCAAACAUUCGCGUGCACACUGGCGGAGUGCUAGUGGGUUCGUGUGGGUCGCAGGAAGCUGGUACUUGCGCGUGUGCGAAAGUAUAUUCGGUUGCCGUCAUGUGGUUGUGCACACUUGCCGGUGCACACAGUAGUCGGGGGAAAUCGAACUACUGGUGGAUUUAGGAAAGGGAGAAGUAGGGUAGGUAAAACGCCGAUUGUUGUACACGGAUGCCCGAGGAGUUGUACAGCGGCUUUGCGACAGCUGUGCGGCGGAGACAUUCGGCUGCGGUUGGAUGGCUGCUUUCUAAAGUGGUGUCAAGUAUGGUUCUUGGUCGUGGCGCAACGGAGAAUGGCCGCGCGGCAGAUAGGCUGACGGGGUCUGUGGUACGCAACAAGUGUGCAUGGCAGAGAGAGGCGCGCACCGCAUCCUCUGGGGUAGCCCUUGCCCGGCGCCACCAGGAGGUCUGCGGCUGCACUGCUACACGUGCCUCGCAAAUGCUGCGCCAGUGGAAUGCGCAUGAAGGGUUCGGGAUUGAUUUUCCAUUUCUGUUGCGAAGGUGAAGGAACGCUGGGCCUGGCGGGCUAGCGCAGGGCGAGCUUCACCACCAGACGACGCAAACAAGUGCUGGUGUUAUGGCGAGGUGUGCGAAGCAAGGAGGUGUUCGGCCAGGCUGUGGACGACGAAUGGUGGUCGAUGAGAAUAGGCGAGACCGAAGUCGUUGGGCCGGCAGCGGCAUGGAUGCGGCGAUGUGGAUGAGGAAUGGAAUUGAGUGGAUGGAAGUAGGGCUGCGGUUGCCCUCAGGCGGUUCGCGCGGGGACAUGGCCGUUUUACGGUUUGUGCCCCGCAGCCACGCGGCACCCAAAAAGUAGAGGGGUUUGGGCGGGGAUUUCGCGGUAUUGUGCACGCUUGUUGUUGACGUGCGGAGCAGAGGAUGCUGUGGAGCAUGGGCCUCGAUGGGGCAUGCGGCAGUAGCCGCCUGGGUAUGCACCCGCACACCAGUGUGGACGCUGCCCCCGCCUGGCAACAUGGCGUGCAUGAAGUCGCUAAAGAUAAGACUGCCAGGGCUGACGCAGUGUUGAUGGGGACUAGCAUAUUGCGUGCACGUUGAUCGCGGCGCGGAAAGGGGUCAGUAGUAGUGCGAGUCUUUGCAUUUAGGUUGUGGCACUGGCGCCGUGGUGCGAUGCCCGAGGAACGAAGUAAUGUGAGCACGGUGGCGGCAGGCACAUGGGUACCUCCGCGCCAAGCAGGGUAGCAGGCGGUCUGGCCUGCGCCUGGCUAUAGUGCGGUCAGGUUGCACCGAGUGCUGUUGUGCCCAUCAAGCUACAUCUUCAUGAGGGUGGGCGCUGCAGAUGCCGUGAUGUGUGUGGAAGUAGCAGUGCUCCUCGCGAACCCGCGCGUAGUUGUAAGCUUCUGGCAAUCAU